UUCAUGUCUGCUCGUUUGCUCUUUUACCUUGUGCAUUUGUGGCAUAAGACAGUCUCAGCAUUGUAGUUCACAAGAUUUGAGCACUAUCGCCAUUGAAAAGUUUAUUUGACAGCUCUGUCGCGAGUCUUUAGACCAACCUCCCCUCUCACCCCUGUGGAUUUAAUCGUAUCGCAGGAAGUCCCUCACGUCCUCUCAUCCUGCGCUGUGUAUGUGUGUGUUUCUGUGUCGAUAUAUUAUGAAGAUCUCAUCAUAAGCAGCCGGGCAUCAUGAGCAUCUACCGGCGCAUGGAGAACUGGUGCCUCUUACGCGGACUUGGCAUUUUUGCGCUCUUGAUAGUGGGACUGACCGCUGAUAGCUCGCCUCAUCACUCACACGACGAGAGGAGAUUGAAAAUUUCUCUCACCAAACUGGAACACUAUCAGAUCAUUGUACCACUAUUGCUGGAAGGAAACGAACAGCGACCAAUAAGCUGGCUCCGCUCCAGGACUCCUCCAGCUUCACUGUGCAUCCUGAUCCAAACAGAAGGAAAGCAGCUGAUUUUGUCUGUGGAGAAAAACCAUGGACUCUUUGCCAGCCAUUACACUGAGACACACUACAGGGAGGAUGGACAAACUGUUUCUUGUUACCACAACUCUACGAUGAAUUGUUAUUACCAUGGCGAAGUCCAAGGGUACGCCCAUUCUGAUGUCACCCUCAGUACUUGCUCUGGUAUCAGAGGGUUCAUCUUACUUGAAAAUAAAACACUGAUGGUGGAGCCAGCUUUCGAGCCAGCAAACGACACACAUGUGAUCUACGAUGGACAGCACCUACACUUCCUCUCUGGAUCUUGCGGACAUGGACACAACAUAUCUACAGUCAACCAUGCCAAUGCUGGAGAACUGCCACAAUUAUUCAGCCCAAGGCAUAAAAGAGAUGUUCAGGAGACCACCAAAUAUGUGGAACUCAUCAUAGUAGCAGACAACAGAGAGUUCCAGAAACAAGGAAAAGAUGUGGAGAAGGUCAAGCAGAGACUUGCCGAGAUCGCCAACUAUGUGGACAAGUUUUACAGGGUGCUGAAUAUUCGUGUUGCUUUGGUUGGACUGGAGGUUUGGAGUGAUGCUGAUAAGUGUGCCAUCACCCAUGAUCCCUUCACGACCCUCCAUGAAUUUUUGGACUGGAGAAAACUUCGACUGCUGCCACAUCGGCCACAUGAUAAUGCCCAACUUAUUAGUGGGGUGUACUUCCAGGGCACCACAAUAGGUAUGGCUCCCAUUAUGAGUAUGUGCACCGCGGAGCAGUCGGGAGGCAUUGUCAUGGAUCACUCCGACAAUCCUCUAGGAGCUGCUGUGACUUUGGCCCAUGAGUUGGGCCACAACUUUGGAAUGAACCACGACACUCCAGAGCGGGGGUGCGGCUGUAGGAUGACUGUUGACCGUGGCGGCUGCAUCAUGACUCCUUCUACAGGGUACCCAUUUCCUACUGUGUUCAGUACCUGUAGUAAGAAGGAUCUGGUGGCGAGUCUGGAGAAAGGGGUUGGCAUGUGUUUGUAUAAUAUGCCUGAAGUCAAAAUGAUCUACGGGGGACAGAAAUGUGGCAAUGGAUACAUCGAGGAAGGAGAAGAGUGUGACUGUGGAGAGCAAGAGGAGUGUAUGAACCCCUGCUGUAACGCUACAACAUGCACUCUCAAGGGAGAUGCUGUGUGUGCCCAUGGACAGUGCUGUGAAAACUGCCAGUUAAAACCAGCAGGGACCCCUUGUAGAGAGGCCAGUAACUCAUGUGACUUGCCCGAGUUCUGUACCGGUACCAAUCCCCACUGCCCUGCCAAUGUGUACUUGCACGAUGGGCAUGCGUGCCACAAUAUGGAUGGUUACUGCUACAAUGGCAUCUGCCAGACACACGAGCAGCAAUGCAUCACCCUAUGGGGACCAGGAGCGAAACCUGCCCCUGGGAUCUGUUUUGAAAGGGUAAACUCUGCAGGUGAUCCCUAUGGAAAUUGUGGAAAAGACUCCAAAGGCUCCUUCGCUAAAUGUGAAGCAAGGGAUGCUAAGUGUGGAAAAAUUCAGUGCCAAGGGGGUGCCAACAGGCCAGUGAUCGGAACCAAUGCUGUUUCCAUAGAGACUAAUAUACCUCUCCAAGAGGGUGGGCGUAUUCUUUGUCGUGGAACACAUGUGUACCUCGGUGACGAUAUGCCCGAUCCAGGACUGGUGUUGGCAGGCACUAAGUGUGCUGAGGGCAUGAUAUGUUUGAACAGGCAGUGUCAGAAUGUCAGUCUGUUUGGAGUGCACAAAUGCUCUGCGAAGUGUAGUGGAAGAGGGGAAUGCAACAACAAGAAGAACUGCCACUGUGAAGCUCUCUGGGCACCUCCAUUCUGUGAUAGGGCGGGGUUUGGUGGCAGUGUGGACAGUGGACCAAUGAGACUGGCUGAUGUCCGAGUGUGUGUUUUAAUGUGCGUGCUGUCCUAUGUGACAACAGCUGACAGCAGCGCUGUGGCCGUGGGCGUGCUGGUCACCCUCCUUUGCUUGCUGUUGGCGGGGCUGAUUUUGUGCCUGAAGAGGAAGGCGCUGGUUCAGAUGCUUUGCAUCAAUAAAAAGAGUGCGAUUCAAAAGCUCAGAUCAGUUGGGCGAAAGAGAGCACCCAGCCCCCCGCAGUCUGUCUUCAGGGUCUCACCUCAGUGCAAGCCCCCCACUUUACCUCUACAAUCCAGAUGUGAUAAGACAACUCACCCCAGUUCAGAGCCUCUCCUUCCUCCACACAACUUCCACAGUUUGCGUGGGUUACCUGAAUGCCCAAGCAGGUUCCAACCUGUCCACAUCAGCCACCCCAUGCCCAUCACACUGGGGGUUGGAAUGGCUACAGGCUUGCAGUCCCUGCCCUCUGUCCCUCCUCACAGGACUCUGCUCUCACACGCACACUCGCUGGGCAUAGCGGCAGGCUUCCACACACUUCCCCGUCAGCUGCCCUACACAAACAGCCAGGACUAUGAGAAGCCCAGUCCCCCACAGAAGCCACUUCCAGCAGACCCCUUAAUCAGAGGCCAUGGUGUGGGCCACAUCAUGUCCACAGAGGGAGUUCGGAUACCGGGCCCUGGUCCUCUACCCAUCUCGAUUCCAACAGUACCAACACAACCACCACCUUCCAUACCACUGCCUAACAGACCCCUUCCCAGACUACCCCAUUCAUGUUAUGAUCACUGACAUAGAGUAUGGACACAAAAACACUGAAGGUGAAUUUCACCAGCAUCUGAACACACUUGUUUGCACUAUAAAAAACUCUAUUGGGCCAAGUGACCACCCCUGCAGAACUCCACUGAAUUUCCUACAGAGAAGCGGACUGACGUGACACCUUGGUGCUAUGCCCCCUCAGAAAAGGUGUUCAUUAGUCCUCGCUCGGGUACUGCAGAACUUUUUAAGAUGUAUAUUUAUUGUAAAAAACACACACACACACACACACAAAACGAUGUACUGUGAUUGCCACUUUUUUACUGUAUAAUCAUUGUGACUUUUAUUGCAAUUCUUUUUUUAUCAAUUUGUAUAUAUGAGAGCUUGUUCAUUACAAAAUAAGGGAUGCUUUCUUUAAGUGCUUUUCCCCCUCUACUACAGUUUAUCUGCUAUGUUUGUGGUAAGAAGUACAUUGGUGUUGUGAUUAAAAAAAACAGACCUUUUAAAAAAUUACAGCCUGUCUGGAACACUGGAGUAUGAACAAUAUCAGAUUUGAAUUAAACUAUCAGAGAGCCAUGGAACAGAAUCAGCCAAAGUGCAAAAAACUUGCCAUAAAGGAUGAGAGCAAUUAUUGUUCACUCAUAGUUCAGUUAUCUGUGUUGUCCUGUUUUAAUUAGUCAGUGAUAGUCAAGCUCCCGAACACCGACAGACCAACUUUUGUAGUUACUAUUUAUGGUCCAAACACUUGAAGUGACAACAUUGGAUUGUGGUUUUCCUUUUUUCCCAACUCAUACUUGUGACAUUACACCAAAUAGUGACACCACCGUAUUCAGUUUAACAGAAAAGUGCAAUCACUAUUCAUUGUUCUACAGCUUUCAUGCCUCUAUCAUCAUGGCCUUAAUGUGCUGUUUACAAACUUUAAAGCCCCCGUGAAAUAAAAUGAGUGUUUUCUGGCAUUUAGUAUAUGUUUGUUUGCUUUGAGGUCAUCUAUAUGCUAGUGUAUUCCUAAACAUUGACAAAAUUCACUUUUAUCAAAUAUACUGUACACAUUUAAAAAGGACAGUCUUUUCUUCUGGAAAAAAGGACUAAAAUAUUUAUGACUAAUUUUGAAUAUUCAAAUACUCCCUAGAAUAAGAAUGACCCUUCCUUUGCAACCGACCAACAGCUUCCAGUUUUAAUAUUUCAGAAAACUGCACUCAGUGAUUUCAUGUGGUCUUAAAGUGAUGUUAAUGAAAAUUCCGCCAAUACUUGAAGCAGUAGAUGUUGAAUAUGCUGUGCUGUAUUUCUUGUUAUAUCUUUAAUCAAGUACAGUAUCCAACCCUUUUUUUCUUUUCAUACAUCCAUUUAAAGUGUUUUCAAACAAGUGGUUCCAGCCCAUGGCCAUACAGCUGUCUUUAUGCACAGCUGGACUAGCUGUUAUUCAUAAACACAUGGGAAUGUUGUUCUGCCUGGUACUUCAUCCUGAGGGGGAAAUUACACCAAAAUCUCACUUCAGGUUUUCCAUAUAUGGAUAUGAUUAAUUUUCCAGUGCUGUUGCAUUGGGAGUGUAACAUACCCAGCUGUCACACAUUAUCUCUUUCAAGCAAAGCCUAUGUGUAUGUGUGUGCUGUUUUUUUUAACUAGUCUCAACAAUUUAAUAUUUCUCCUUUUUUUUUGCACUCAUGCAAAUGUAUUGAAUGCUCAAAACGUCACUGUUUAAAAUGCUUUGACAGACGUAAGUAGAAAGUAUGUUUACAUGGGUAGUUAUAAUCAAGCUACCACAGGUUUUUGUGUAGUCGAGCUUGUCUUAAUCUCUCUAAAUCUGUCAUGAAAAUUAUUGCUCAGUUUUGCACUGGGUGUCAAUUUCAUUGUGUUAUAGUUUUAAAUACACCCAAUCAUUUUUUAUUUCUAUACAUUAUGAUGUUAAAAUGGAAUUGUGACUGCCUAGGAAAGUGAAUGGUCCCUACAAAACUGAACAAUUGGGGUAAUGCACAGACUUGAACAAGACUGUGGAACACAAAAUAA